AUGUCUAAGAACGACGACAGUCUCUUCCUCCUGGAGGUUCUCAUAGACAAAAUUGUGUUCGUGAAAAGCCCUUGUUUCUCAGACAAAGACUUCAGAACGUGUGUCAAUAUUGAAUGCAAUGCCGUCGAACCCUUGGAGAUAUGUGAUGAUGAUCCCAACGUGGGCAUCGCAAAGAGUGGCGGUCCGUUCGUGAAGCCCUUCAAUACGGGCAAAUCAUGUCUGUUUUCUCUUAAAGAAAGUGACAUUAACGCAGCCAUGAGCAAAUUCCCAGUAAAGGUGUCAGUGUACAAAUCCUUACCAUGCGGUUGUCUCCCGACGAAGAUAAUAAUGGGCGAAUGUACGAUCGACAUGACGAAAGAAUUUGUAGAGACUAGGAAAAAUUUUCUCGAUGAUCCAACCAGUGUCAGUUAUCAAGCACUUAAGGAUUCCUUCCGUUUCGUUGGACCCGACGGGGAAGAGACUGGCGAGAUCGUUAUGUUCCUACGCAUAUCCUGUUUUGGGAAGCUGAUCAUAACAUCAUUUCAAGGAGCUAGUGGUGGUGGUGCUCCUAACCUGGGUGGAAAAUCUGGUGGGAGCGCGGGUAUUGUUGAUAGGUCAUGUGCGCCUAAGAAGGAUUACCAGACAACUGAUGAUCCUUGUGUCUGUGGAGCUGCUCGUGGGCAUGGUGGCGCAGGAGGUUCAGGAUAUACAUGCACAGGCGGUGGUGGUGCUAUCUGUCCACCUGCUCGUGACCAAUACAACAGCAUGCCUUGUGAAGAUCCAGACGACCCCUGUUAUUGCUCUGGUCCUAAACCACCCGAAAAACAAAAGAUGGUUUGUCGAAACACCGAUCAAUAUUGCCUACACGUUCCUAAAGGUCGCACUAAACAAUUUGAGGAAAUAGGCACAACUCUGGGUGAAAAUGAGCUUAAAAUCAAAGUUCCUGCUAAUGCAUCAAUAAUCAAGAAAAUAAGCCAAACACAUUGCGCCAUGCAAUGUCCCUAUAGCAAAAAAUCUGCUGAUGGUGGCCCUUGCGAACCACCUUGUGGGAAGAACCAGAUAAGUUUAGCUUUACCCAGCGAAGCGGUCUGUUGCCAUGGAGCCCGGCCAGCAGACACACAGUUUACUUGCACAACAGAAGGAUGUCUUCAAGCCUCAAAACAUGGCCAACAAGCCGCUAUGGCUCGCGGUGAUAAUCAACAAGAUCUCCCGAACAGAGAUGUUUUUGUCCUCAAAGUAGCUAAAACAGCGCUGCAAGGUGACAGAAAGUGCAAACUAGAAAUAGAAUUAGCGACACCAAAAGCAGCGGAUAAGAAACCGCCGGUGACAAAACAAAAUACUAGAAUACAGUCAGACCUCGAUUGCGAAUGCGAUUGCUGCCCGACUGGAAACAAGGUAAUUUUUCAAGUACCAACGGAUUCGUGUGGCAACGGGCACAAGCAACGUGCUUAUUUCAAUUUCACAUCUGACGGCGUUGGCGAUUUAGCUAGAGAUGAACCCGGCCAUUUAAUACCACCAACUGCUGAGAAUUAUCCAGGAGCUGUUUAUGAUUUUCCCAAGCAAGUAAUAAAAAUUCGAGUGGGCAAAGUUGUCGAAAUGCCUGGGCGAAAGUCUAAAUUAGAAUAUCAGUUUAUCACUCCAAUAGAAACGCAUGAAAAGAUCGUUCCUGUUAAAGACACACGGACUGCCCAAUGUGUCCUGUCGAGCUUGCUCAUCUACCAAGAACUGACCGAUGAACAAAAAAUAAAGUUAUUAACGAAAAGCAGUGUGGAACUUCCAAUGCACAAAUACAAAAAUAACUCCAAGCUGUAUGACUAUCUUAUGCCCGUACCAUUACAUGAAAUUGGUAUCGUCGACACCCUCAAGAUAUCUGCUAAAAGGAAGCUUCCUUCAUCAAGAGACUCGGAUUGUUGCUCCAAUUUCUAUCCGUCUUCUACAUCGCUGAUGAGUAAACGAACUAUGCGCACUAUUUAUCCAAGACGCUCGUACUCUAUAUUAAACCAAUAUUCAGACAAAGGUAGUCUAUUCGGUGAAAAGGAAACGGCAGUAUACAUGACUAUUUUUGACGAAUACUGUCCAAGUAAAAGUUCAGGUACUCAAGCUACAGCGCUUAUCAAUAAGUGUUUUCAAGUUUACAGUGACCAUACAUCAAUUGAAAUGGGUUCCAGCAAAUUUUCUUCAUGCACCAUGUCCACCUUACCACUUGGAGGCAGUAGUCGGUAUGUCACUGAUAGAAUGCGAUAUUCAGAUAUUUACUUCUUUGGUAGAAAAAAGGAACCAGAAAAGGGGAUGGGAGGAAAGGGAUCCAAAACCAGAUUAUGCAGAACAGGUCAGGCUUCUUCUGCGGCAUGCAAAAGUACGGAUAUGAAGGGCCGAUCGAAAGAUCAGAGUACAUGUUCAUCACAGACCAAACGGAAAAUGGGUGCCAAUACUUCGACCGGGACAUGUAAAUCGGUAACAAUAAAAGACGAUAAACCCGAAAAGCCUUGCCCGGCUUUGGCCGCAACGAAAGGCGAAAUGAUGGCAACGGUAUCGCAUAUUAAAAUAGGACCUAAAGAACCUUGUCCAGUACACGGUAGAGACCCGUGUCAAGGUCCAAAGUGUAUCUUAGCUGCGUCCAGUGAAGACCAAGCACCUGUUAAAGUAACGACGGUUACUAAUGCCCGACGUGGCGUAUUCGAGCUGGUUAUUCGGAAAAUAACAGGCGCACCCUUAGCUAAAAACGAGCUUCUCUUAGAAUGGACUCCACCACCAUCGAGACCACCACCAUGCAGCGCACCAUGCCCGAUACCCUGUACAUUUCCAGGGCCCUGCCGACCGUCGAAAUGUAAAUUAAUAGUGUGCAAACCCUCACCGUGCAAGCCCAAAUGCUGUAAAACGAAGCCGUGCGGGCAGCCCUGCCGGCCCCCGUGCAAGAAAUGCUGCAAAACGAGUUGUUGUGGCAAACCAUGUUCGUCAUGCGCGCCAUUUCCACCACCGCCCUGUAGGAAACCGUGCACGCCGCCCUGCUGCAGAUCGCCGUGCAGGAGUUCACCAUGCUUGAAACCAUGCCCGGUCGGAAGGAAACGACCACGUAGAGCAAGGAGUCAGCCGAAGAUCAAGUCGCACAAGAAACGUGAAUCUCCUUGCAGUAACAGAGUGAAGACGUGCCCAGUGGUAAAAUGCCGUAGCAUGCCUGGUUGCUGUACAAUGCCGUUGCCCUGCCCACCAAGGAAAUGUUGUUCUGUUGCACCAUGCAAGCCUCUCAAGUGCUGCAAAAGUAAUUGCUCUUCUUGCUGCGGUUAA